AUGGUCAUUCCAACAGAACUCAGCACCAUCAAACUCAGCACGCGCCUACCAAAAAUGGCUUAUAAAAGAGGUUUUUCGCUUCAUUUCCAUCGCACAAUAGCCACCAAGAUCUCUGGAUAUAAAUUUGCUGGACUUUUGUGUCUUGGACAUUUUGAAGACGCUGCCGAUGGAUUGACUGGAGGACUUACUGGACUAUUAGGAGGUGGAGGUGGUUUAGGAGAUGUCGCUGAUACUCUUAGCGAUGCCACAGAUAGCCUUGGAGGAACUGGGGGACUUUCUAAUAUCGUGGAUACAUUAGGUGGUGCUACCGGUGGUUUAGGAGGCUUAAAGGGUACUUUAGGAGGUAUCACAAAUGGCUUAGGUGGUGCUUCCGGGGGCAUAGGCGGCUUAACCGGUGCCUUGGGCGGCAUCACAGAUGGCCUUGGAUCCGGCGGUCUUACUAAUGCCUUGGGCGGAUUAGGUGGUGGAUCCGGUGGUUUGGGUGGACUACUAGGAGGCUUAUCUGGUUCCUCAAGCAGUAGCAAAAAUGGCAAUAACGGUAACAAAAUGGCUAUGCUUGGCAACGCCUUGAGAGGAGUAGCACCUGGCGGAUUAGGUGGUUUAGCAGGAGGUUUAACAAAUGGUUUAGGAGGUCUUCCUAAUUCCUUGGGUGGGCUCACAAAUGGUCUUGGAGGAGUUGGCGGAAUUACAAACGGCUUGGGCGGAUUAGCAAAUGGAGCCAGUGGUUUAACUAAUGGCUUAGGAGGUCUUCCUAAUUCUUUGGGUGGGCUCACGAAUGGUCUUGGAGGAGUUGGCGGACUAACUAACUCCUUGAGCGGAUUAGCAGGUGUUGGUGGACUUACUAACUCCUUGAGCGGAUUAGCAGGUGUUGGCGGAAUCACAAACUCCUUGGGCGGAUUAACAAAUGGAGCAAGUGGACUAGCUGGAGGUGUAACGAAUGGUUUAAGUGGACUUCCUGGUUCCUUAGGCGGUCUUACAAAUGGCCUUGGUGCUGGUGGACUCACUAACUCCUUGGGCGGAUUAACAAAUGGAGCCGGUGGAUUAGGCGGACUAGCUGGAGGUGUAACAAAUGGUUUAAGUGGACUUCCUAAUUCAUUAGGCGGUCUUACAAAUGGUCUUGGGGGAGCUGGCGGAAUCACAAAUCCUUUGGGUAAUCUACCAGGAGUAAGUGAACUCACUGACCAGCUAGGAAAUUUUGGUGACCUAACCAAUGGUUUGACAGGACUCACUGGCAAUCUACCAGGAUUUAAUGAUCUUAGCAAUACAUUUGGUAACAUUCCUGGAUUAAGCGGGCUCACCGGCAUGAUGAAUUCACCAUUUGGUGGUGCUCAAACUGAACAAUCAGCACAAAGUGUUAGUUAUGAUGCCUUUGGAAAUCCCGUUGUUAAUAGCGUUGACGUAUCAAGUGGACCAUAUGGAGCAUCUACAACUCAAACUUCGACAGAUUCUUAUGGAAACACACAAGUUCAAACAAGCCAAAGUACACCUUCCAAUUAUGGAAUGGGCGUCAAUAAUGCACAAUCAUCGACAACGGUGACUACUGAUGCACUCGGAAAUCCAACGGUCAUGGAAACUGAAGUUACCAGUGGACCCCUUGGCAAUUCAGUGACCCAAACGACUGCAGAUUCAUAUGGAAAUGUGGAAGUUCAAACAAGCCAAAAUACAGGCCUAACCAAUGAGCAAUCUUCUACUACUAUAACCAAUGAUGCUUUGGGAAAUUCGGUAGUUACGGAAACUGAUGUUACUAGUGGACCAUAUGGUUCUUCAGCAACUCAGGUCGUUGCAGAUUCAUAUGGAAAUACAGAGGUUGAAAGCGUACAAAAUGGAAAACACCAUCCAAAAUUUCCGCCAAGGUAUCCUCCAGGACCAUAUUAUCCCGCAUAUUACGACCCUUAUCCAAUGUAUGGAGGAUAUGGUUAUUAUGAUGACUAUUAUUGUUAA